GCACGUCGCCCGAUGCAACCGCGGACGCCAUUCACGGAGCGAAGCCAACAAUCGCUUGCAACGACAGCUCUAAACAACCUGGCUCACGUACCUACAUCAUCUAGACGGGACACACAAAGCAUACGUUUCGCCUAUAUUCUGUCCGGUCGCUGCACUCUAUCCGAUCAUUACAAACAUUGAUCGCACCCUACGCAGCCCAAAAAUGGCCAGCAAGCGAUCAAAGGCAGCUCCGACCGACGACGAACUCGGCGAGCUGUUUGAGGGCAUCGGCGACGACGCCGCCAUCAACAAGAAAUCGGCCAAGCCCAAACCUGCAGCCGUCAAAGGCAAACCUGAUGCCGCCGAGCAAGACAUCUUAGCCGAGCUCGAGAACCAGCUCGGCGAGCCGACACCCUCGCGCCCGCACACGCCUCGCAUCCGAGACGCGCCCAAGCCAUCGCCCGCAAAGCGGACAUCAAACAACGCACCGUCACCUGGGGUCGAAAUUUCCGCUACCCGCAAGUCGGUCGAGAGUACCGGUUCAAACCAAGCCAGCCUCACCCCGAGCGCCACAAGUUCCGAACCUCAAGACAUCGAGAAGAAAGCCGCACCUCAGCAGACCCAAACUACAAGCAGCGGUGGCGGCGGCGGGUGGUGGGGAGGACUCUGGUCCACUGCUACAACCGCUAUGAAGCAGGCCGAGACCGUCGUCAAGGAGAUUCAGCAGAACGAGGAGGCCAGGAAGUGGGCAGAUCAAGUCCGCGGCAAUGUGGGCGCGUUGAAGGGUCUUGGCGACGAACUCCGCCACCGCGCCCUCCCAACCUUCACCAACAUCCUGCACACCCUCGCGCCGCCCAUCUCCUCGCACGAACGCCUCAUGAUCCACAUCACGCACGACCUAGUCGGCUACCCCUCCCUGGACCCAGUCAUCUACAGCGUCUUCAACCGUGUCAUGGCCCAAGUCGAGGGCGGCGAUCUCCUGGUCAUCCAACGCGGACAAGAGUCAACCCUGCGCAGCCCCACAUCCGAGAAACCCACGGGCGCAGCGUCACUCUUUGGAUGGCGCGACGGCCCCUGGUGGCGGCAAUCCGACACCCCCCGCGCCCUGGGCGUCGUGCAGGGCCUGGUGGAGGGCACCAAGCUGUGCCGGGCCAACGCGGAGGGGUACGCGAGCGAGUACUUUGCCGCGCACGGCGGGAUUGAGCUGGCGCGGCAGCGGGCGGCUGAGCCCGUGUCUGAGUCUAAUCCUGUGCGCAGGUCGGAUUUGUUUUUGUCGGUGCAGGCUGUUGGAAUGCAGGCUGAUAAGGCGCUGUUUGCGGGCUCGACGGCGGCAGAGAAGGAGAAGGAGACGGCUGCGAUGACUGUGGCUGAGGAGGAGGAUGCGGAGGAGGAUGCGGUUGUUUGCUUUGCGGUGCAUGUGCUGGACCCGGUUCAUGAGAUUAGGUAUUCUACUGUUAGCCAGACCGUGCCGGCUAAGUGGAUCCGUUGGUUGGAAGCUCCGGCUGCGCAUCUGCCGCCUGCGGCGGGUGAUGAGGAGGAGGACGACUUCCGGGCUGAGUUUGAGCGGGUGCCCGAGGAGAUCCGGGAAAUCAUCGAGAGCGGGGGUGUGGACCCUCGUGAAUGGGUUGCCGAGUGGAUUGAGGAGUCUCUGAGCCUUGCGGUUGGCGUGGUGGCGCAGAGAUAUGUCGCUCGUCGGAUGGGUGUUGGCCAGGGAGGCAUUGGCAAGGGUAAGCAGAAGGUGGAGAGCGUGCUGCAAGACGGGGGCAACGAGGCUGCGAGGGCUGGGCUUAUUUGAGUUUGGGCAUGCUGCGGUUUCAGUGCAGUGACGAGAGAGCGGGCAACUGGAAUUGAAGAUGCGAAGAGGCCUCAAUGUGUGAACUAGGCGUCAGGGAGUAAGAACUCGACGGGUUCCUCGAUGUGCACUGGACUAAUUUCUAUCGGAUCAAUCAGCAGCACAGAUCUAUGAUCCCUUGGCUUAUUGGUAUGAGAAUUGAGAAGGCUGCUAUGCCUGCAUAUUUCCCAGUAUUCCACGGGUUGAUGCCGCUGUCUAAGGAUUGGCC